ACCCGAGGGGGCGCGAAGCAAGGAGACACCAGGGUGGAGAGACCCCCGAUGCUACGCCCGGGCGGGCAAGGGGCCCGGGGUCGGUUCCUCUGGGGCCACCCUCCCACUUCCGGGGUGCGCGGGCCGGCCGGGCCGGGCCGGGGAGCGGCCUGAACGGGCGCCUGGGCUGGGCGGGCAGAUUGGGGUAAGGGGGCGCCUUGUUCGCCCUUAGGGCUGCGCUGCUUGGCGUAGGAGCCUUGCUCGCCCCGGGGGUCGGGGGCGGCAGGAGAUAGUGAGCGGUGCAUACUCCUAGGAACAGUGUCGGAAAGGCUGGGUCCGUCCGCCGGCGGAGGGCCCCUGCGGCUGGAGAGAGGGUGGUGCUUGGCCCGAGGGCAUUACUGGUGGCGAGGCUGUGCUAGUCCGAGGGGCAGUGCCGGGGUCUGGUUCUUUCCUGCCUCAGGGACUAGGUGCCCGCGGCUGUGGGAGUCGCAGGCUGAGCCUUUGGGGCAGGAGAACGAGGGUGCACGGAUGCCAGGCGCGAGAGCCGACGGCUGUUUCGUGAGCAGGGCUGGGGUGCCCCUCUCUGCCAGGUGUGCAGGAUCCGGCUGGGCACUGGGGGUGGGGUUGUAGGACAGAGGCUGGCGAGGUCAGGCCUGUCUAAGGCACCUUCGGAGGAAGGGGAUGGUACCGCAACAGACCUCGAAAAGUGUGUGUCCUCGGAGGACUGGGGGGUAGGGGAGAGCAUCAGUUAAAGUUUGGGGAGGGCUUGCCUGGGGCCUGGGAGCUUCUGACCCUGAAGAGGAUACCUGCCUUGGGGUGUCCAGUGACCCAGCCCCUCCCAGGUGCCAGGCUCAGCUUUAAGGCCCCUGUAGCAAUAUCUCAUUUAAACUUCAAGGUAGCCCAUGAAGAUAUUGCUCACAAGCCUUGUUAAAGGUGAGAAAAGGAAGCCAGGAGUCUUGCCCCAGGCCACAACAGGGGCAGGGCCCCUCCCCUCACUACACCUCGUGAUUCGUGUUCUAGGAUUUGGGAGGUGGGGCAGCAGCAGCCAAGGGGGAGAUACAGCUGGGACAGAAUGGGCUGAGAUUGACUUUAGGAGGGUUCUGGGCCUAGAGAGAAGGGGGAAACUGAGGCUAGGCACUGUCCUUACCCCAGGUCUUGCCCCCGACCCCUUUCCUCCAUCCCACCUGCAUUUCAGGGGGUAUGGCACAGAGCAAAGUAUGGGGGGGCCGAGUCUGGCAGACCACAGUAUAAAUCCAGCUCCACUCCUUUGCAGCUAGGUGUUUUCUGGGCCAAUCACUUCACCUCUCUGAGCUUCAGAUUCCUGACCUGUAGAGAUAUGAUACUUACAGGGCAAUCGUGAGUGUUAAAUAAAGGAAAAGUCCUUUUGAGCUGGAGCCUGUUUCUGGCCCAUUUGCAACUAUUUCCUCAGCAUUUCGCGCAGUGGUGGGCACAUGGUAGGAGCUCGGUCCCUGGCUACAGCAAACCAUGCAAUAAGCCAUGCCCCGCCCUGGACACCCCCGCCCGUCAUCUGGGCCCCCACGCCUGGGCCCCUGGGAGCGACCAGCAGAGCUAUGCCUGGAGACGUAUGAUGAGCCAUCCCGGGCCCCACCAAGCCGCCGCACCCGUAGGCCAGACCCCAAGGACCCUGGCCACCAUGGGCCGGAGAGCCUUACCUUCCUCUCCGGCUCUGCUGAGCAGGCUGCUGAGCCCCCAGCCUGCUGCCUGCUCUGGCGGCCCUUGGUGUGGGACUGGUGCCGGGCUGCCUUUUGCUUCCGCCGCUGCCGGGAUUGCCUCCAGCGCUGUGGAGCUUGUGCGCGGGGCUGCAGCCCCUGCUUGUCAGCUGGGGACUCCCCUGAAGGGACUGCUGAAGCCAGCUGGGCCAAGGAGCACAAUGGAGUGCCCCCCAGCCCUGACCGUGCCCCUCCUAGCCGGCGGGAUGGCCAGCGGCUCAAGUCGGCCAUGGGCAGCAGCUUCAGCUACCCUGACGUCAAGCUCAAAGGCAUCCCUGUGUAUCCCUACCGCAGCGCCACCUCCCCAGUCCCGGAUUCGGACUCUUGCUGCAAGGAGCCACUGGCCGAGCCCCCAUCCAUGCGGCACAGCCUGCCCAGCACCCUUGCCAGCAGCCCCCGUGGCUCCGAGGAAUACUACUCCUUCCACGAGUCGGACCUGGACCUACCUGAGAUAGGCAGUGGCUCCAUGUCCAGCCGCGAGAUCGAUGUGCUCAUCUUCAAGAAGCUGACGGAGCUGUUCAGUGUACACCAGAUCGACGAGCUGGCCAAGUGCACCUCAGACACUGUGUUCCUGGAGAAGACCAGUAAGAUCUCGGACCUUAUCAGCAGCAUCACCCAGGACUACCAUCUGGAUGAGCAGGAUGCUGAGGGCCGCCUGGUUCGCGGCAUCAUUCGCAUCAGUACCCGAAAGAGCCGUGCCCGCCCCCAGGCCACAGAGGGGCGCUCAACCCGGGCGGCUGCCCCUGCUGCCGCUGCCCCUGACAGUGGCCAUGAGACCAUGGUGGGCUCAGGGCUCAGCCAGGAUGAACUCACGGUGCAGAUCUCCCAGGAGACGACCGCAGAUGCCAUCGCCAGGAAGCUGAGGCCUUAUGGAGCCCCAGGAUACCCCACCAGCCACGACUCGUCCUUCCAGGGCACUGACACAGACUCUUCAGGGGCACCCCUGCUCCAGGUGUACUGCUAACAUUCGCCAGGCCCAGUGGCCACAACCCCUUCUGAGAGAAGCACAGACUACAGCAUGAAGAGAGAGGCCAGAACCCCCCUCUGUGGAAGGCAAGGCCACGAGCCAAGGUGCAGUGCCCACCCUGGCUCCUCCCUCCUUGACUGAUGGGUUCCUGGACAACAUGCAUUUCACGGGGCCAUGGUGCCCACCUCCCUGGGUCCCCUGCUGGCCCGAACCCAGCCUGGGUCAUGGAAAAAAAGACUGAGGAGGGGAGUUAACUUCCGGGAUUGAAUCCCGACUCUCCCCCAAUACAUGCUCCCCCUGUAACAUACACCCCCUAACCAAUCAUGCAAACCUCCCCCUCCCCGGGACAAAGGGAGCCGGGGUAGUAGCUAAAAGAAGCUUGUCUUAAAUGGAUUGGGUUGGGAGGCAGGCAGGGCCUCUGGAAUUCUGUGGGCAGUGCCCACUCUGUAUUCUAUUGAGUGGUUCUCAAGUGAUGUCCUACGUGCUAACAUGACCAUACCACAAACUUAA